AUGCCUUCCGCCGAUAGCAACCCGGACGCCGCCGUCUCCUUCGCACACACGACCUCGGCGCUGACGUCGUCGCAGACGGCCCAGCUGACCGCCGCCCUCUUCUCCGCCAACUCGAUCCCGCGCAUCCAAGCCGCGCUGCAGCACUCGCUGCAAGAGACGGGCUGGACGCACGCCCUGCGCGCCCACGUGCUCAACUUGCUGCGCAGCGGCGAGUGCGGCUCCUAUGACGAGCUGAUGGCCCGCGUGCUGGACGACACGCGGCAGGCCGGCGACGACGACAACAACAAGGACGACGGUGGCGAGAAGAAGGAAACCAACGGCCACGCCGCCGCCAACGGCGAUAACAAGAACAAGAAGAACGGAACGGGCGGCGCCAACAAUGGCGGCGGUGCGGAGACGGGCGCCGCGCGGACCGCUGCGAGCAUCAGGAUUCCGGAUGAGGCCGUUCGUCAGGGCGUCAAGGCGGUGCGGAAAGAGGUCGAGACCGUGUGCGAGAUCACUUUUGACUGA